AUGUCUGCUAAGAUGGCACUGGCCAGUUCAAUUUCUAGCAAACCAGUAUCACCAUGCUCCAGAAAAGUUUCUGCAGCAGGGGUGGAAGUGCACCAGAGCAAGCUGGACUUUUUCUGCAAACUGGGCUACGGUAAGCAGGACAUCUGCAAAGUGCUGGAGAACCUGGGCCAAGACGCUCUAGAGGAUGAUGUGCUGAAAGAGCUGAUUCGUAUGGGGAGCAAACCCCAAGCUCUGGAGACCCAGGCUCAGCCUUCCUCACUAAAACUCGUUGCCCGUGGAUCAUGUAGCACUACACCAGGGUUGAAGUGGCUUGGAGAAGAUGAAAGUGACUCUUCCUUGAGACCCAUUGUGAUCGAUGGCAGCAAUGUGGCAAUGAGUCAUGGAAACAAAGAGGUAUUCUCCUGCUGGGGGAUCCAGCUGGCAGUGGAUUGGUUUCGAGAGAGGGGGCACACAUACAUCAAGGUUUUUGUCCCACUCUGGAGAAAGGAGCCCCCUCGUCAAGACAGUCCUAUUGCAGAUCAGCACAUUCUUGAAGAGCUUGAAAAGCAGUCGAUCCUUGUCUACACGCCCUCUCGGAAGGUGAAAGGCAAGAGGGUGGUUUGCUAUGAUGAUCGUUACAUAGUGAAAGUUGCUUAUGAGAAAGAUGGAGUCAUUGUUUCCAAUGACCACUACAGGGAUCUCCAGAAUGAAAACCCUGAGUGGAAAUGGUUCAUUGAGCAGCGACUGCUCAUGUACUCUUUUGUCAGUGACAGGUUUAUGCCUCCUGAUGAUCCAUUAGGCCGACAUGGACCCACUCUUAAUAACUUCCUCAGAAAAAGGCCAGUGCUUUCUGAAAAAAAAUGGCAGCCUUGCCCCUAUGGUAAAAAAUGCACCUAUGGCAAUAAAUGCAAAUUUUACCAUCCAGAGAGAGUACAUCAAGCUCAGAUCUCAGUUGCUGAUGAGCUCAGGGCUAAAACAAAGGUCCCAAUAACCCUGGGGAAAGAAGAGGAGAGGUGUAACUGCAAGCCCAGACGAGAGCCUGUACCCUGCACAGAAACUCUGCGAGAAGCCAGAGGCUGCACAGGGCCUUCUUGCUACCCAGGGUGGUCCCAGGGAAGCUGUCCUGAGCAGCCACCCAGUGCUUGGGUCAGUGGUCCUAGCUCUGACCUGAGGCUGGACCUGCAGCACUUGCCACAGCCAGAGCCGCUGCGAGACCAGCCACUCGUGGAGAAGAUGUCAGCAAUGUCAAUAGGGGAUGACACCUACAGCUAUAACUGGUCCAUUCAUACCUCUCAGGAUGGAGAGGUGAUGGACAAUCCACAUCACUGCAGUGACCUUAGGAACAAGCUGUUCUCACUUCAUCACCCUCAUAGCUUGGACCACACCUGCUCACCAGGGUGUCCUUUCCAGCAAGUGGUACUCCCACCAGCACGAGGCAGGACGUGCCCAGAGCACAGUUGGCCUCAGGACUGCUGUGGCAUGCACAGAGCAGGUCAGAGGAGUCAGUAUAUCCCUGAUGGUGCUCAGCACAAACAGGCCCCAGAGCCUCAGCACCAUGUUUUGCUGCAGUCCACAGCUCUUCCCCCUGACACGCUUCACCUGUACAGUGAGCAGCAGCUGCAGCAGCACUGUCUCCCCAGCCAGCCCCCACAGCAGCCCUUUCUAUUAGACUCCAGCAACAGACUGGGCUUCUUCCAGGAAGCACACACUUACCCUAAUGCCUCUUACAGUGACUACUGGACCAGCCCAGCUGCAAGGCCACCCUCUGCCCAGCAAGAAAACAUACAUGGGGAGCUGUGCUCCCUCUUCCCUUACAAUGAGGUGAACCAUGUCAUGACUUUGUACCCUGAUAUCAAGGACAAGGGGACUAGAGCACCUCCCAUAUGA